AUGAAGGCCCGAGCUGAUGAGCACCGGAGAGAGGUGGAGUUUCAAGAAGGGGAUAUGGUCUUUCUCAAACUUCGUCCUUAUCUACAGCGUUCGUUGGCCAGGCGUGUCAAUGAGAAGCUAUCAGCACGCUUUUAUGGUCCUUACAAAGUUGCUGCAAGGGUCGGCAAGGUUGCUUACCGUUUACAUCUACCUCCGGAGGCACGUAUUCAUCCUACGUUCCACGUAUCGCAGCUGAAGAAGGCAAUUGGAGACUCGAUAAGUCCGGCCACUAUUCCACCUCAACUCACGUCUGAGGGGAUCUUGGACACUGUACCUGAGGCAGUACUGGCACAUCGCGUUAAUGAAACGACAGGCCAUGAGGAGUUGCUGAUUAAGUGGGUAGGACUUUCUGACGCUGACUGCACUUGGGAAUGGAAGAGCUUGAUCGAGAAGCAAUUUCUUGAGCUUGACCUUGAGGACAAGGUCAGUUUGAAUGGGAGGGGUAAUGUUAUGUAUGAGGCCCGUAGGCCGCCUAUUGUUUACCAAUACCGCAGGAGAGGCCCAAGUCAGAGGAAGGGAGGGAACGCACGUGUGAUCGAUUCGGAAAAGAUCUAG